AUGCCAGCACAUCACGACCACUUUCUCUCCCCCCUACAUGGAUAUACGGUACUGCGAAUGCACUAUAGGACCUGCCAAACUCGAGUCAUGCUCCGUGAGGCUUGCGUCGGGUAUUCAGUGCCAUCUUUCGGUUUGAUUUUAAGGUUCGACCAUUUCACUGGAGAUAUGGAGAUUGGGGGAAUGAGGGUCUCACUGAGUCGAUGCACGGAGCACGAGUCGUCGAAAACACUAUCCACGUACAGUCGCCAAGUCUGUGCCUGA